AUGGAGACAAGUAUUAUCAUAUUAUUAAUAUUCCACGUAUAUUGGUGCUUCGUUGGUGUUACUACUGCUAAUCCUGAUGCAAAACGUUUAUAUGAUGAAUUAAUCAAAGAUCGUGCCUACAAUAAAUUAAUUCGUCCAGUUAAACAUAAUAGUGAAAAAUUAACAGUAUAUUUAGGCCUUCGAUUAACACAAUUAUUAGAUGUGGACGAAAAAAAUCAGAUUAUGACAACGAACGUUUGGCUUAAACAGCUAUGGAUGGACGAACAUUUAAAAUGGGAUCCGCUGAAGUUCAAUAAUAUGACCAACAUCUCAAUUCCGGCUAGUGAAUUAUGGCGACCAGAUUUGGUGCUUUUUAAUAAUGCUGAUGGUAAUUAUGAAGUAACAUUAAUGACAAAAGCUACUGUUUAUUAUGAUGGCCGCGUUAUUUGGGAGCCACCAGCAAUUUAUAAGUCGAGCUGUACGAUCAAUGUUGAAUUUUUUCCAUUUGAUAUUCAACAUUGUCAGAUGAAAUUUGGCUCAUGGACAUAUUCAGGUGAACAAGUUGAUCUUGUUCAUAUUAAUCAAACAAAUGGUUACAUACCUGUUUAUGGCAAUAAUACUGUACCCUAUGCCAUUGAUUUGACUGAUUUCUAUCGUUCCGUUGAAUGGGAUAUAAUGGAAGUUCCAGCUAAACGAAAUGUUCAAAAAUAUUCAUGUUGCCCACAAACAUACCCGGAUAUAACAUUUCUAAUUACACUUCGUCGUAAAACUCUUUUCUAUACUGUUAAUUUGAUUAUCCCAUGUGUUGGUAUAUCAUUUCUUACUGUGCUAACAUUUUAUUUACCAUCGGAUUCUGCUGAACUCAUUCCACCGACAUCUCUUGUUGUGCCAUUAAUUGGUAAAUAUCUUUUGUUUACAAUGAUUCUUGUUACCCUAUCAAUUGUUGUCACUGUUGUUGUAUUGAAUAUUCAUUUUCGUUCGCCAUCAACACAUCAAAUGCCUGCAUGGGUGCGGCGAGUAUUUUUACAUGUUCUACCAAGAUUAUUAUGGAUGCGUCGACCCAAACCAACUAAUCUAUUAGAUUUUCAUUUAACAAAUAUAAAUAUCAAUCGUGUUAAACAAGUGCAUCGACCAACAACAUCAUCCAGACGUGGUUUUCUUUUACCAUUACUGAAUUCAAGUCCCGAUCAAAUUCGUAAGAAAAAAGCACGUUUACUUGAUGAUUAUGAUCUCGAUCAAGAUGCUAUGGAAACAAGUGGUGAAGAUCAACAUGAAGAAAACCGAAUUGAAUAUUCAAACGAACCGUCACUUUAUCCACAUGAAAUUAAAAAAGCAUUCGAAGGUUUAAAGUGUAUUGCAACACAUAUGAAAUUAGAAGAUGAAGAGAAAAAAAUUAAAGAAGAAUGGAAAUAUGUAGCAUUAGUCAUCGAUCGGCUAUUUCUUUAUAUAUUCACAACCGCUUGUUUUUGUGGUACAUGUGGAAUUAUUUUACAAGCACCGUCAAUUUAUGAUUAUCGCAAGCCCAUAGAUGUUAUUAAAUCGAAUCGUUUUUAA